GAAGCGGCCAAAGGUGCAUGGAGGGAGCAGAGACACGCCGCCUAGGCCGUGAAAACUUUUCUCUGGUAGGGGCGUGACUCCCCACCACGCGGUCCUCUUCUCCCGACAAGAGGCUUGGUUGGCUGAGGUCAAGGAGCAUUAAAUGGAAAUAGAAUGAAUUCUCAAGAAGAAAUUGGUGGUAAAGGUAUACAUCAUCAGUAAGCCGGUGUAGAGUAUCUCGCCAAUUUGCAGCUUUGUGUCAACUCUUGAUAUCACCCGUUAAAACAACCUCCCACAGAGUUAUUCUGAAUUGUUUCCUCAUGUGUCGAAGAGAGCUCAGGGGAGAACAGUGAUCAAGAACAUUCCUGUUGGAUCAAAUGCCAAAGGUCAGAAGCCAAAGAAAGGCAAGAAGGAAAAAUACAAGGGCAGGUAUCGUAAGAAAGGACCUCGACUCUGUAGGAAGAAGGGUAUAGCACAUGCCAGGCAUUCAGUGAAAGCAGGCAAUGAAGCUUCUAAAACUCACAGUGAUGCUCAGGAAGGAAUUGCUACGCAGGUAGAGGAUGACACACUCGUAUUCGACAAGAAGACACAAGUAAAUGUUUUAGAAAACAAAGAUUCAAGCUCUGGCUCUGUAGACAUUAACAAAAAAAUAAAAUGUGAAAACCCUGAACAGAAAGUAAGCAAUCUUGAUGAAGUUGAAGAUUCUUAUUUAGAAAGUGAAGUGAAAGCAGAAACCAUGGAAGCCUCAUCACAAAGUGGAGACCAAAAGAACAAGUUGCUGGAGAUGAUGUCUCGUGAGUUCAAUUCUGCAAGCAUUCAGGAAGGAACUGGUACUUUUGAAUCAAGAAAGUCUGCUCGAGUUCCUAGGCUUACAAGAAAACGAAAAAGUGAAGUGAUUGAUACACCAGAAAAGUCAUCAGAGACCACAGUCAACCAGCCAACUCCCAUAACCACAGUGACUCCCAUUAUCCACAACCCCAUAACCAGUGCUCUCAAGAAAAUUAGGAAGGAAAGUUUAGAAAACCUUCCAUUGCCUACAUCUCCAACUUUGCCUGGAAGAACUAGGAGGAGCACACAGGAAAGGAAAUCAGGCAGUGAGAAAGAUUCUGGUGAGGAGGCAGCUGGAAUUUCAGAAGUUCCAGAAGUAACAGAAUCUAAAACAGAAGAGGGCUUGGCACAUGAAAGAACUACUCCAGACACUCGUGGGAGGAAAAGGGCCAGGGCAAGGGGCAAAUCUGUCGUUGAGGGGGAAGAGGGAAAUGACUCUGGGAAUGAAUCACCCAUUAUUCCAGUGAAAGGACGAGGCAAGACACACUCUAGUUCUGAGGAAGAUUCACUUAUUGCCAACUCAGAUUCACCAUGUUCAUCCAAGAGCCGUGUGAGAAGUACAAAAGGAUUGGGGGAAGGUGAGGCACCUGGUAUGGCUGCACAAAUAAAGGGAAAGGGAAAGGUCCCAGUUAAGGAGGAACCAAUGAGUGACAUUAAAGGACGAGGAAAAGUGAAAGCAGAGGGAGAAAAAACUGAAGAUCAGCUGAAUACUGUACUUGGUUCCGGUAAAAGUCAGAGCAAAAUAAAACCACCUUGCGAAGAUACUGGAAAUGCUGUCACCACUAGUAAUGGUUCUGUGGUUACAAUGUCAACUAGAUCAAGAGGGAAAACAGAAUCUGAAAAGGAAGGAACCUUAGAAACAGAGCCACUCAGUCAGCCAAGACGCAGUAUGACCCCAGUGAGUGGUGAUUCCACUCCACAGUCGGAGUUAAAGCGAUCUCAACGAAUUUUACUGUCUCGUGAGGGGAGCUCAGACAUAUCUCCCUUAUGCAAAAGAGGAACACCAAAACCCACUCCAGAGGUAAUAAAGAAGCAAGAUACCCCAACACCUCCAGCUAAACCUCCACCUUUCAAACAGAGGAAAGAAGAAAUAGCAUUCACUAAGACAGGUAAAAAAAAGAAGAAGCAUUUCAAAGGACUUAGUUAUUCAUUUAGCACAAGAAAAAAGAAAGGUAAAGCCAAAUUCAACCAAGGGAAACACUCCUUAGAUACAUCUCAAGAAUCUGAUUCUGUUGUGUCAGAGGAAAUAGAUAUGGAGUCAGUUGAUUCAUCUUCACAAGAUGUUCCAUCAGAGCAACUCUCCAAUCAGGAUCAAGAUGGUGGUGAUGAUCGGCUUUCUGAUGGAGGAGAAAAUGAUGUUGAAAUGGAUAAUGUUGAGACUCCAGAUCCCUCAGCAGAUGAUGAUGGUGUGAGAGAUUGUAUCCUUGAGAAAAUUUCUGCAGAUCUUGCCAACAGUGAUGAAAAUGCUGAGUCACUAAAAGAUGCUAAAAAGGAAGUUGUUGAAGAAGAAAAGUCAACUGAUAUUUGUGACAAGUUUGAUAAGGCCAUUAAAAGUGAAUUACUUGAAGAAGAAAAAGAUGAUAUUGAAAAAAUAAAUUAUUUAGAUAGUAAAGAAGAGGAAGGGAAGUUAGUUGGUCUUAAGGAAAGUGAAGUCUCAGGAGAAAGUACAUUUGCAAAAUCUGAUGCCUCAGCAACAUCUAGUGAAGGUGCAGUAGAUGUAGAAAGCAGCAGUUCUCUUGAAGCUGUGAAGCCAGAAAAUAUAGAAAGCCAAUCAAAAGUAAAAAGUCAUAGAGACACUGAAGUAAAAUGUGGUGCAGGUAAAUCAAACCAGACAGAAAUUCUUGGAAAAGGAAUGAGGACAAAAAGAGCUCCUCCUGGUGUGCCAGUCUAUAGUUCACAACGUAAGGAAGUUAAUCCUGUCAUCCGAAAGCAAGUUACUGAAAAAGAACAUUCCACAUCACCUUCCAAGAUACUUAGCACACCUGAAAUGGGUUGCUCAGCCUCUGAAUCUGCCUUCUCUCCAGGAGCAGAGGUUGAAGUUCAAGUUCCUGAGGAGGAUGGUGGAGAAGCACUGAGCAAGAGACCUGAAGAAGUAGCUUCUAACAAGAAUGGUGCAGAAGGCACAAACCAAAGUGGUGACAAGUCUGAGAAUUCCCCACAAAUUCCAGCACUUAGCAACAAAUUGCAGGGUGCAGAGGCAGCAGAACUGCCAUGUCAGCCCAGCAAAGAGACAAUUGCACUCCAGGAUGAAGGCCUGCGGCAACCCAGGAGACGCCACAGUAUUAGUAAGAGAAAGAUGGAUGACCUUGUGCCUGAAGGCCAUAACUCUGACUCUAGUGACUCCCUGGGUGAAGCUCGAAUGCCUGGUGAAGGAGUAAGGAAGAGCAAAAGGUUAAGUCGACACAGUUCUCCACACGGCCUGUCUUUUGCGGCUCCUGAGUCACCCGAAGGGCCAGGCAAGAGCCAGUCCAAACCCAUCAGCAGUCGAUCAGCCUAUGUUACUCCAGCCUCACCAGGGGAACACCAUUGCUAUAUCCUGUCUCCACCUGUGAACUUGACCCAGAGGUGUCAUCAGCAAGGGAAUGUGCAAUCUGCAGCACCAACCCUGACCAACGUGCUGUGUAAGUGUCGCAUCAAGUACAAUCCCUUGGCCAUCGUCACCACAGGGGAGGUGUACUGCCAGGCCAUUGAUUCCUUUGAUGGCCGUAUGAUUGGAUGCUGCAAUAUUGUAACAAAUUAUAGACUUCUUCGUGUGAGUGGAAAGAUUCCUUUCAUGCUGCUAUGUGAUAAUCACCGGCAGAGACUGCGGCGACACAACUGCUGUCCAUGCUGUGGCCUUUUUUGCACUCAGGGUGUAUUUUAUGAGUGUUCAUGGGACAAGGGAAGACUACGUCAUUACUAUCACAAACUGUGUAGUCUGGUGUUGAAUGGAACAAACCUUUGUCCUCACUGUGGUUCUUCUGAAACUCCACAAGAAGUUCAGUUGGAGUUGACACUUGCUAGGAAGCCUGUUGUGUACCUUAAGCAGCAUCAAGAAAGAAAGGAGUCAUCUGCUCGUAUGACCUGGUCGAAGGGAGAUAAUCCUGAAGACGGUGCUGGCGUGGAUGUGGCAGCAGAGAAGGAACCAUCACUAGAACUAAGGAAUGGUAGAGUUAUUUCUGCUCAAAAACUGCCUUUUGGAUGUGGCCGAGAGAAAUUACAAGAAGCCAUUCGCUGUAUUAAUGAGGGCAAAGCUGUUAACAUCAAGUCAUCAAGUAAAGGAAUAUAUGCAGCAUGUAAACAAAAUGACAUUGAAAAGUUACUACAUGCUCUAGUCACUGGCUUAAGUCCUAAUGUUAAGGUGAAGGAGUGUGGAAGUCAGACAGGGCUGCAUGUGGCUGCUGCCUUUGGAAGUGUUGCUGCCCUUCACAUCCUGGUCAUGGCUGGAGCUACCAUAGACAUGACUGACACCCAGCUCAUGACGCCCCUCAUGAUUGCCAUCACCAAAGAACAGAAUAAUGUAGUCCAUUACCUAGUGCAAGCAGGUGCCUCACUCAUGGCCAAGACUCAGGAUGGAAUGACUUGCCUUCAUCUAGCUGCCAAGUGUGGAAAUCUGACAGCUUGCCAGCACAUCCUGGAAUCUGGCCGGCUGACUAGACAUGCCAUCAAUAUGCAAGAUGAGGGAGGCUGGACCCCAUUGGUCUGGGCAUCUGAGAAUAAAUUCACAACUGUUGUUAAGUUUUUGCUUGAUCGGGGAGGUAAUCCUCAGCUGUGUGAUGUGGAACAGAACACAGCCUUGCACUGGGCAGCCUUCUCUGGUUCCACUGAGAUCUGCUCUAUGGUCUUAGACAGAGGCUGCUCACUGCGUUCCAUGAAUGCUCAUGGAGAUACUCCUCUACACAUAGCAGCCCGCCAGAAUCACACUGAUGCUGUGGUGCUGCUGCUGACUCGUGGGGCCCAGCUGGAUGUGCUCAACUCUAAGAAUCAAAUGCCCAUAGACUGUGCCUUGGCUGACUCAGAUGUUUACCUCCAGUUGACUUUGAAUAGCAAAGUACUGGAAAUUAUGAAACAAAACAACAUUAGAACUGAGAAAAUAUUGAGCAGUGACAUAGCUGGGGGCAAAGAGGAAGUUCCAAUACCAUGUGUGAAUGGUGCUGAUGAAGAACUGCUACCAAAAGAUUACCUCUACAUUGCUGAGAAUUGUGAGGCAUCCAAUGUAACAAUUGAUCGCACCAUCACAUCCCUCAAGUGGUGUGAAUGUGAGGAUGGAUGCAAUGCUGAACACUGUGGGUGUGGACAACUUAAUUUCCAGUGUUGGUUUGACCCAGAUGGUCGCCUGCUGCCUGAAUUUAAUUAUGCAGAUCCUCCAAUGAUUUUUGAGUGCAAUAGAGCAUGUCGGUGCAACAAGCUGUCAUGCAACAACAGGGUGGUGCAGCACGGUAUCUCAGCCCAUAUGCAGCUGUUCAAGACUGUUGGGAAGGGGUGGGGAGUGCGUGCUCUCAAAACCAUUCAAAAGGGCUCUUACGUUUGUGAGUAUGUAGGAGAGAUCAUCACUGAUUUAGAAGCAGAUCAGAGACAAGAUGACUCGUACCUGUUUGAUCUUGAUAACAGGGACAGUGAAACCUUCUGCAUUGAUGCCAGGUCAUAUGGUAACAUUGCUCGGUUCAUCAAUCACCUGUGUGAAGCCAAUCUCACCCCUGUCAAGGUCUUCAUUGACCACCAAGAUCUCACUUUUCCAAGAAUUGCCUUUUUUGCUAACCGUGACAUUGAGGCUGAUGAGGAGCUUGGAUUUGAUUAUGGUGAGAAGUUUUGGAUGAUUAAAUACAAACAGUUCACCUGUACUUGUUCCUCAGAAAAGUGUAAGUAUUCAAGUGAAACCAUUCAGACCACCUUAGAAAACUACAACAGAAAACUUCGUGAACUUCAGGAAACUGUGUAAAGCAACUGACAUUUAUAAUGAAUGUGCUUGUAUUUCUCACUGUUUGUGGCAGUUCAUAAAUGUCUGUAGGACUACCUAAUGUUAAAACACAAUAUAGAAUUCUUAAUAAAUAUGUGUGUGCAUGCAUGCACACACACACACACACACACACACACACACACACACACACAAACCUAUUUUCAGUCACAAUAAUAGUCUUAAUUUGUAAAGGGAAAAUAGGGCUUUUCAUUGGUCAUUAAUCCAAUAUAAUAUGGUGUUUUCAGGGGCUUUUUAUUUUAUUUUUAUUAUCAAUUUAUUACUUUUUAUACUGUAUCAAAAUUUCUAUACAGAGAAUGUUAAACUACAGAGACCUGAAGUAGAUCAGUAAUACUUGUUCACUGCUGUGCAUAUGUAGGUAAGAAAUUAUGCAUGUGUUGUGAAUGAGGGUGUGUGCAGUGAGUGAGCAGCUUCAGAAGGCACUCACAUGUCCUGAGUUAAAUUGAUCAUGCAGCAGUGCAUUAUACAGUAUUGAAUAUCUACAUAGGCUGAGUCACAGACCAUAUGAGAGUGUUGAUUUUUAUCAAGCAAAAGUAGGUAUGUAAGGAGCUGAGACAGUUGUGGAAGGUAGUUGAAUAGGACACCAGUCUGACAUUACUGUUUACUUCAUAGCUAUUCAUCGUCCCCUUUUUAUUUAAAUAUUGAUAUAUCAUAUAUUGUAAUGCAACAUUGAUGCAUUUUAGUCUAUAUAUUUGAUAAGUACUGUUCACUAUGACUUAUGGUAUAUCACACGUCUAAUAAGGAUUGUUUUGAGCCAUUGAGUCUCCAUUUAGAUUCAUUUGAAAUUUACUGGCAGGAGAUUCCAUUGUUGAACAUAUGUAGAAGAAAUACAUAAAUUGCUUUAAUGUGUCAGUUUCUUUAUUUGAUGCUAGGCAACAUUUUAUAUUGAAAUUUAUAAAUUGGAAUCUUGAUUUUAUUGCAGUCUGCCAUAACUUUAUUGACUAAUUGUUAACACAUUGUUAUCCAUUCACACUACAUAAAUAGGCAUCUCAGGCCUGCAUGAAUUAGGCUUACAAUUUUGUGCAAUAUUUGUUAAGUGAACUGUAUACAUACAUCAGUUGCAAGAUAAUUAACUUUCAUCUUGUAUUAGCAGAUAAAGUUCUAUCUUACACAAUAGAUAAUGGCAUAAUAGUUCAAGAAAGCCGUAUUUGAUCAGAUUUUUUUUAUCCAUCUUUAUCUCAGGCUUAAGUUAUGUGUUUUUACUGAAAACUUUCCACCAGCUUAUCUCUGUGGUCCCAGUUCUUGGUUAUAAAAAGUUCUGUAACUCAUGACUGACAGUUUUUGUAGCAAGUUUUUGGGAUCUAGUCAUUGUAUAUCCACCUCACAGAAAAAAAUAAAAUAAAUAAAUAAAUAAAUAAAUAAAUGCCAAGCUUUUAAAAGUCAGAAAAGUAAACAUUCCCCCAUCAAUCAUUUUAUUAAUAUAUCACAUUUACUAUAUAUUUGCUGAAGGACUGACAAUUUUACAUUUAAAUUAAGACUAGGUUUGUGAUCAAUUGUAUUAUAUUUGCCUAAAAAUUGCCAGUGAAUUUUCUUAUUCCCAGAUUGCUCUUGUUUUGCUAGACUGAAAAUAAGAUUCCAACUAUAUGAUAUAUGAUGCAAAAAGUUACCAUCGUCAUUCACCUCCAUUCUGUCUAACAAAUGUUCCAGAUGUGCACUGCAGAGCAUUUCAUUCAGUGACAUGCUUCAUGUGUGGCUUUUGAUAUUUACAAAUAUGCAUCAUGAAUAUCUCGGAACAGAAGACUCAUAUGGACUUCAAUAAGUUAGGGUGUUUUUACUUUAUCCUGAAAGAUAUUUAACUAAAUUUUAAGUGGCAGUCGGAUUAUUGGGUAAAAUAGUUUAACAUACCUUCUGGAGAGUUGUUUCUGUGUUUCUGUAAGAUAGAGGUUAACUAUAUUAUAAGUAUGCAUGCCUCAUGCAUAUGUCUAUGUCGUCUGAUCAUGUCCCCAUUUUUGUUACUGACAAGUCAGCCUUAUUUGGCCUUAAAACCUCUAGGAAUUUUCCUACUUUCAUCAUGCUAUUAAAGUAGACAUGUUUAACAAAAAUGCUGUUAAAUCCUUUAAUUAUACCAAAAUCUUAAUUGCUGGUUAAUAAAUAUCAACCACAGGAACCAGGAAUCAGCAAAAUUUUUAUAGGCUGGAGCUAUAGUGAACACAGUGAUCAAUAGUUUCAGGUAGAGAUGAGCACUUACAUGUAGAACAUACACUGCAUCUUUGAAAUGUAUUUAAUUGUUAUAUGAACAAAAUAAGUUAGUCAUAUUAUUCUGAAUAGGCUUACAUUGGUGUUUUGAAUGCCAUUUAGUAGUUAAAAUUUGUGCCUUACUUAUUUCAAGAGAUGAAACCUAUUUUUAAUACGUGUUCAGACUUGAGAAAUGCUUACCCUUUCUUUUUAGGAUGCACAGGAUUGUCUAAUAUUGUGAUCUUCGGCAUUAUAUUUUAUUUAAGGCAUGUGUCAUAUGAUGUACAGUGCUGAUUACUUCCUCAGUGAGGCACCAUAGGCUUUAUUUGUCCAGCUAUCAUAAAUAUUUUUUGAUAUCAAAAGUUUUGCAUCAUUUUGAGGCCUUUUGUACACUGUCUUGAUAAUAUGACACUGCACAGAGCCAUUCACAUUGUUGUAAAAUCUUUAGAAUUCUGUUUCAAAGUCCUCUAAAAUUACCUUAAAAGUUGGGCAUUUGAUUCAUGUUCAUUGUCCCUGUGAGAAGUAUUCUUGCAUCAAACAAAUGUUCACAAAGAGUUUUUACAAAAUUUAAAGUACCUAAUAGUCAGAUGUAUGUUAUGACAAGUUAUUACUCAUUCAUUAUUGUUGGUCUCCACUACAAGGGAGAGUUGGUGUUCUCUACUUUACCAUAUGCCAUCUUUUGUAUUCUUUGUAUUGCAUCCAUGAGUGAUACUGUGCCAUGGACCUGGUUACCCUUAUCCAUUUUCCUGUUCUCCAAGUGGUAUAAUUUUUUCACAGGUGUCAUGUGAAUUUGCUUUUUAUAGACUGUUGGGUUUCUGUGGAUGAAUGGUUAAUGCAACCAAGUUUGCCUUAACUGUGUGUAAGACCAUUUAUGGUGAGCACUCAGAGCUGUUUUGACCUUUGGAAUAGUCUUGUCUGGGGCUCUUCGGUAUGUGUGUUUUUAUGAUGUUCCCACUUCAUAUAGAUGAAUUGAUUUUCUGGGCACCUUUGAGGCCUGUUGUGGACAAUGUGGAAAAAUUGUUGAGAUUCAGGUCAUAGUGUAUCUUGAUUCAGAUUGCUGUGGUAUGAGGUGACAGCUGGUGUUGGUUCUGAGACAGAUCUCAGCUCAACCUCCUCUUUGAACACCAGUUGUAGCUCAUAUAGCCACAGCAUAAGUUCCUGUUAUCUAGGUUUUUUGUGGUCACAGUUGACUCAUUAUGUUUCUCAGCUGUCCUUUUCUGAGGCAACUGACUUUUGCCCAGCAGAACUUUGUCUUGAUUAGAUAGGAAUGUAUUACUGCAGGGUAUUGGUUGAGUGAGUGCUCAAUCUGAAAUCAUCACAUAUUGUAAGGGCACGUUUCACCAUAUGUGUACUCGUAAUUCUUUAAAUUAUACAUAGUACAAAAUUUUAAGGGUUUUUACCAAGUAAGAAAGACUAAUUGACUGGCAUUGCUCAAUUUGGUGGCCCCUUUUUUUGUUGUUGUGACAUUAUUUUUAAACCUAGCAAAAAAUUCCACCAGUGAAUCUUAGGAACUUGCCAGUUUGAUCAUUGAAAUGUUUCAAUGCAAAAGUACAAUGAGAAACCUAAAUACAUAUUAUUGUUAUUUUUAUAAUUGUGCAUUAGUUACCAUUAGAAUAGUAAUGUGCAAACUGUAGCAUUUUGGAUGAUAGAUAAAAAAUUGCAUUACUGUGAGAGCUUCUGGUAUGAAACUUUGACAAGGCAGGAACUCAAAGCAAUUUUUUAAUCCUCCAAAAUUUUGUUACUUAGCUAUAUUCCCUUAACAAUAAAUGUAGUAAAACUUACAAUACAUCUAAUUAAUACUGUAGGAUCAGUCCUUUAAUUAGGAAGUUAUGUAAUUCAGAUUCUGGCAAUGAUACACACACACACACACACACACACACACAUCAAUAUAUACACACUCUGCCAAGGGUGCCAUCUGAUAAAUUCAACUUUGACUUGUGGUCAGAAAUUGCACCUUCAAAUUAUAGACUAGACUAUUUUUUUUUAAAUACAAUUUGUGUAGUGCAAGUUUCCAAUAUGAAUGACAUGUUCUGCAACAGGUUUGAAUCAUUGCAAAGUAGUUAUAUUGUCAUUUUGACUGGCAAAUAAUGGACAAAAUCACAUACAUGUAAGGUCUAAAAAUUAGUUCUUAACAAUAGUUGUUUGGUUAGCUAUGAUAUUUUCAGAAAUUAUGCAAUAUUUUGUUGUUGUUCAGUUAAUACCACUUUUAUUGACUUUUCAGGUUCAUUGAUUUUUUUAAUAUUCUGUAGUGUUAAUUGAAGUGAUGCAAAUAAUUAGGUUGACACUUGCUGAUUAUUACUUUGGUUCAGUGUUAUGAUGCUUCAUAACACUUACCAAGACACUUUGUUUAGGAGGUAAAGGAUUUUAUAAAUUGAUAAUGUAAUACUACUAUUUAAGUUAAAUCACAGUUGCUGCCAUUCUUCCAGAAACCACUGAAAAAUAAUAUUAAGGUUUUCAUUUGUAAGUUAUUCCACCUUGCACAUGCUGACAGUGUGUUUCAUGUUUAUCUUUUGUAAUGUAAAGAAGAGUUUGUCAUUUCUAUCUGUGUACUGGGCUAUUACAUUGUUGCAUAUUUA